UCUUGUUUUCUAACGCAAGUUUAAGCAAGAGGAAACCCUAGGUUUCAUCAGAUUCCCUGAAAACCUUAUAGCAUUAAACACCGACUGAGCAUAUCAUCUCCCUCACGCCCCUUUCUCUCCAUAACCACUCCCUACCAGAUAUUAUCCAUGGUGAUCGAUUUCUGGUUUGUGACAUGUAGACUUUCAGUUUUGGAAGAUUUGAAGAAUUGAGGAUUCAGUUAAGGUUUAUGCUGGACCUGCCAAUGUCUCCUAAGAGAAGAAAGGUUGUUGUGAAAGAAAGUAGAGAUUGGUCUGAUCUUCAUGGAGAUAUCUUGAGAUUAAUUAAAGAAAAACUAUGUCUUAUUGACCAAUUGAGAUUCAGGGCUGUUUGUCGGAGCUGGCGUUCUGUUCCUUAUGUCAAGUCUGCUGAUAAACUACCGUGGAUAUUAGGAUUGCGCAAAGCAUUUGGCUGUAAAUUUCUAGCAUACUACCUCUAUGAUCCAUUUAACCGUAUAGAGUAUGUCCUGGGUCAUCAGUUGGCUAGAUCUCAUAAUGUGGAAGUUUAUGCAUCCAAACAUGGUUGGCUAUUUCUUGGGGAUCAUGAGAGUAAAUUGUUCUUAUACCAUGCUUUCACUAAGAAAACCAUUCAUUUACCCACCCUGAAGCUUGCUAGUACUUUUUUUCGUAGCACAGGUACAUUCUCCACUAUUCCAACUUCUUCGGAUUGUGUGUUUUAUGUGUUGGAUAGCGGGUGGAAUCAGACAGAUUCAAUUAUGUUAUACACUUAUCGCAAUGGUGAUCUAACAUGGAGUAAGUUUGAGCUUGCGAAUCCUUCUCUUUCUUUGAACAUCAUUUGUAGCAAGGAAGGUCUUUUGUACUGUUUUUUUGAUAUGGCAGUGAUGUGGGCAUUUGACAUUGCUUGUGGAGAUUGGCGCCAAAUCCCCAUUGAUGCAUCAGAGAUCAAGUAUCUGGAUUCUGACUUUCAAGCAAAGGGAAUGUCUCCGUACCGUUCCUUUAAAGUGGUUGAGUCCUGUGGAGAACUUUUGUUGGUGUAUUAUCGUUUUGCAUUUAAGCCCUGGUACGUUUUCAAACUGGACUGGUCUCUAAUGGCAUGGGUGAAGCAAGUUGAAUUAGGUAAUCAUGCAUUGUUUAUUGGCGAGACUUCAUUCUCGAUUCCAACAGAUGGGGAAAUCAAAUCUUUAGCUGGUCAUAUCUAUUUUCACGGUGACGUGAGGCCUCACUUCUACAGUUUCAAAAACAGUGCUCGUCACAAAAACAGUGAGUUCCGUCCAUUGAGAUGCAAGUACUACUCCCACCUCAAAAGGCUUCCACGACAAUUCGAGUGGGUUUGGAUAGAACCUCAUUCGUAAUUGUAUUCGCCAACCCUCUUUGGUAAGAAGGUUCAUUCCUGCUUGUAUCACCCAACUUUCUUUCAUCUUGGCGCUACUAUUCUGAUGUAGUCAGAUUGAAGCUUUUUGCUUAACUUUGAAUGACAAUGUAGUUGUUCCGAAGUUUAUUGGGCGUGAUUUUUCCUGUUUGCAUUGA